AUGGCUAGUAGGAGGCAGAGUAAGAAUGUGUUUGAUUUUGUUGUUGUGGAUGGGGUAAGUGUUGGGAAACCGAGAAUGGUUAGACAAGUGAUGUUUAUGCAUUUUAAGGAUUUGUAUUCCGAGGCGUGGAGAGGUAGACCAAAAUUGGAGGGGCCUUUUACCACUAUUGGUUGGGGUGGGGCUUCAGCGGAGUUAGUAGCUGAGUUCACAGUGGAAGAGGUAUGGGCUACUGUGACGGAAUGUGACGGUAACAAAGCUCUAGGGCCAGACGGGUUCAAUCUUGCGUGUAUUCAGAAAAAUUGGAAAGUCAUGAAAGAUGAGUUGGUGGGCUUUAGGCCGAUCAGCCUAGUGAAUUCAAUCUACAAAAUUCUGGCCAAGGUUUUAUCUAGAAGGUUGAAAAAGGUGAUUCCUACAGUGAUUAAUGAGGCUCAGACAGUGUUUAUAGGGGGUCGAUGUAUACUAGAUGUGGUCAUGAUUGCUAAUGAAGUUAUUGAAUGGUGGAAAUGCUUGAAGCACAAGGGUGCGAUUCUGAAGCUUGACUUUGAAAAGGAAUAUGACUUUGUGAAUUGGGAUUUUUUGUUUUCAAUGUUAUGUAAUUUUGGAUUUGAUGAGAAGUGGAUAUGCUGGAUUAAGGAGUGGUUAACCGAUCUCUGUUUUGGUUAA